CCAUCGUUACUGCACGUACACACCUCUUGUCUUGUGUUUAUAUACAAGUAGAAAGAGAAAGAGAAAGAAAGAAAGACAGGAGGAGUCUUGCUUCCCGAUAUUGGCUGAGAGACAAGAACAUGGACUGGAUUGGUGGUCGAAUAUUUCCUCGUUGGACUGCGAUUGCAUUUCUUUUAGCUGUGGUCAACACGUGUCAGUGUUCCUACCUGUACGACGAUUGCACUGUAAAGAAAGACAAUAAAGGAGUUGAGAUCAAAACCUUCAGGGACUCUCUCCGUAUGACCAUCGCAAGGAAAAAUGAAGACUACGAUGUUGUCAUAGAAAUUAAUGACAAAAAAGAGACUCUGAAGAUACCGAAGAACAAGUGGACGGAAACUGAAUGUCGAGUUUCAAGCAAUGAAGAGGUUGAAUGUCGUGAAGAGAUGUCCAACACUGCAGAGAAGAAUUCUGGCGGACUGUUGAAAAAGUUUACGAUUAAGAAUGCCGAAGUUCUUGCUAACUGUCCUCAAGGAUUGCCAAAUAAAGAGCUCACCUCAGACACCCCGAUCGACUUUCCUCGCUGGAAUUCCACCAGGGAACAUUUCGCCGUUAUUCCAGAAGAGAACCUGACUGUUAGUUUGUUUAUAUUUGGAGAAAACCUUUUCCUUUGUUGGGAUGGAAAACAGACGGCAAUCAAGACGAGCAAGGAAGACUGUCAAGCCCUGCCAGCUCACGAGGUGCACAAGAUCGCACUGGAUUACGAGUCGCAGGAGAUCAAGAGUGCUGAUGGCCGCAUUCUGAGAGGAAUGAAUAGCACCAAUGCAAAUAAAGAUGCCUUGAUGAAGAUGAAGUCUGGCGGAGGCAAGGCCUGGGUUGUGCAGAGUCUGGGAGACUGGCCCCACCUCCAGGACCAAGACCAGAGCACGGACAGCCAAACUGAGUGUAUAUAUUCUGACAAGGGAGAUAUAAUUCUAGUUCUUACUCUGCUUGUUCUCGCCACUGCUGUGAAUAUGGUAAUGCUGUAACAUGGAAUGUAAUCUAGAAAGAGAAACGUUGACAAUUUUUCUGCUCUUCAGGAAACACCAGCAGCAUUCGCCAAAGACUCUUGGACAACUCUACCGCUAUCCCAGAAGAGGAAAUGAGUUGAUUUACCCAUAUUUGAUUAUUUUUUUUUCCAUUGCUGGGUUUGGAACUCAAGGGCCGUCAAGAAUAGCGCAGACUAUAACAAAAUAUCAAUCUAAGGCUCACAUAACCAAAUAUAGAACAAUACAUCUCACCACUGCUGGACAAAAGUAGGGCGACUCCCCGUCAGCACUUAUUGUUUACGUCUGGCCAUAGGGUUAAGCAAGCGUACGUCAUCAGUCUCACUGAUCUGUGGUUGCAACAUCUACUUCAGUGCUAAUCCAGGUCUGUACAGGUGUGUAUAUAUGUGUGUAACUGUGUGUGUGUAUUUAUGUACAUAUACAUAUACAUAUUUACAUACAUAUAUACAUAUAUACACGCUUAUGUAUACAUUUAUGUAUAUGUAUAUAUACAAAUUUGCAUAUAUAUGUAUGUAUAUACAUACAUAUAUGAGUGUGUGCGUGUGUGUGUGCAUGCAUGUGUUUGUAUGUGAGUGUGUAUGUGUGUAUAUUUGUGUAUGUGUAUAUAUAUGCAUAUAUAUACAUUUAUACAUACACAUACACACACAGACACACACGUGCACACAUAUGUGUGUGUGUGUGUGUUUGUUUAUGUAUAUAUAUAGGCAAUGACAUAUAGAUAUAUGUAGAUAUAUACAUGCACACACACACGCGUACAUGUGUGUGUGUGUUUACAUAUAUAUGGUUUAUAUAUAUAUAUAUAUGUAUGUUUAUAUACAUGGGUGUGUGUUUACAUAUAUAUGUGUGUUUAUAUAUAUAUAUUAUAUAUGUAUUUCUAAUAUGGAUAUAUAUGUAUAUAUAUCAUAUAUCUACCUAUCUAUCUAUAUUUAUGUAUAUGUAUGUGUGUGCGUGUGUGUGUGUGCGUAUGUGUGUGUAUACAUAUAUGUACGUACAUAUAUAUUUAUAUAUACAUAUGUACAGGCUACAUAUGUAUAUGUGUGUGUAUAUAUACACAUAUAUCAUCAUCAUUAUUAUUAACAUUAUUAUUACUAUUACUAUUAUAUAUUAUUGUCAUUAUUAAUAUCAAUAUUUAUACAUUUUAUAUGUACAUAUAUAAGCAUAUAUAUACAUAUGUUCAGGGCCGGAUUAUGACCUUUUGGGGCCCCUAGGCUAAUGAAAUUAUGGGGUCCCCUCAGAAUAUUUUUUACUCGUGAUAUAUUUUAGCGACAUUUACAUAGCUUGAAGUAAACUUAUUGCGAAUUCUUUAAAUAAACUAGCAUAACUAUAUUUUGUUUGUCAAUAAAAUUAUUCUUUAAAUACAUAACCAUAGUGAAAAAAAAAAAUAAUCAAGCCCCUCAAGCUUGAGGGGCCCUAGGCUGCAGCCUGUACUAGCCUAUAGGAUAAUCCGGGCCUGUAUGUUAUAUCUAGUAUAUAUACAUAUAUAUGAACGGUGAAAACACUACCGUGUUGAUACUAUUUUAAUGAAUUAAUCAUUAGGACCCCAGCCUGUCUUACCUGUUUACCCUUUCCCUUGAUUUUCGGAGAUUUUUAUUCUUAUUUUUCAUUGCUGUAAGUAGUUAAUAACUUUGCAUUAUCUAUAAUAUAGAUAUUAGUAAUUAUCUUAUCGAUUUUAAUAGCGUAAGAAAAAGACAGCAGUUUUCUCGAAAAUACUGGGAAUGGGGAAAUUGGCUCAUCAAGGAGUCAACUUGUAACCAUAAACCUACAGUGAUUAAGAGAUAACCCCGUACUGAAUAGGUUAACAUCAUGCUUUAUUAUCCUCAUUUUAGUUAUUAUGAGACCUGCCCGGUUUUGUCUCCGUUUUCUGUUAAGCCGAAAGUUAACAAAACGGCGAGACUAAUGGGCCCAGAAUUUUAUCUUACGAAGUUCCCACCGUAAAUAAAUUCACACGGUGCCAGUGAUACAUACACACACACACACACACACACACACACACACACACAUAUAUAUAUAUAUAUAUAUAUAUAUAUAUAUAUAUAUAUAUAUACUUUGUUUACUUGUGAUUGAUUUUGUGUACCAUAAAGACUUACCCAGAAUUUUAUCUCGCGAAGCCCCUCCCCCCCACACACCACAUAUGUAGUAACACGGUGUCUGGGAAACAUGUAGACCUUGAUUACUACUGAUUGAUUCUGUGUACCAUGCAGAACGGCCUCUCAAUAAUGAAUAGCCAUUCUUAAAGGUCACCCGAGAGGGCGUGUUCAAAUGAUUUGUUUUCUUCAUCAAUAAAUUGUGGCAUAUA